UUUGUUUCUCUGAAGAAGAACACUCGUGCGUAAAGUUGCUGCCCUCCUCUUCGCUCUCCAUCAGUAAACCAUGCACCCGUUUAACAGCAGUCUCGGUAACUUCAGUAUGAUGAUGGAGGUUGAGGACACGCCCCGGGAUGAGAAACUUGCUAAAGUAGAGAUCGCGCUGCUCAGUGUUAUCUUCGUAAGCGCCUCUAUCCUGAACACCGGGCUAUUACUGGUUCUGUGGAAGCGGCGCAAACAGGUCUCCAGGAUGCGUGUCUUCGUGUUCCAUCUGUGCAUCGCAGACCUGGUGGUUGCGUUUUUCCAGGUUUGCCCGCAGCUCAUGUGGGAAAUUACUGACAGGUUCAUUGGACCAGACCUGGUGUGCCGCUUGGUGAAGUAUCUGCAGGUAGUGGGCAUGUUUGCGUCCACCUACAUGAUUGUGGUGAUGACCAUUGACCGCUACCAGGCUAUAUGCAACCCCAUGGUCAAGUUUCAGAGGAGGCACGCGCGCUGGAACAUCCCAGUGUGCGUCGCCUGGACGAUCUCCCUCUUGGGCGGCCUGCCUCAGAUGUUCAUCUUCUCGAGGGUCCAGGUGGCGCCCGGGGUGUUCGACUGCUGGGCGGACUUCAUCCAGGCCUGGGGCCUGAAGACCUACAUCACUUGGACCACGCUGGUCAUCUUUUUCUUACCCAUUUUGACUGUGGUGGUGUGCCAGGUGCAAAUAUGUCGAGCCAUCCAGGUCAACCUUUAUCUAAAGACGCAUCAGGAGGGGGGCAGCGGGGUGACCUUUCGACUGCCCUCCAGAACCAGCAGCUUGGCCGGGGUAUCCAAAGCACGAAUCAAGACCGUGAAGAUGACGGUGGUUAUUGUGUUCGUCUAUAUCAUCUGCUGGACUCCGUUCUUCAUGGUCCAGCUUUGGUCUGUUUGGGACAUGGACGCGCCGACGGAAACGACAACGUUCACCAUCCUGAUGCUGUUGGCGAGUCUGAACAGCUGCACAAACCCCUGCAUCUACCUGCUCUUCAGCGGCCAGCUGCCCAAGAAGCUGGAAACGGUGCUUUGCCGGAAUCCGUCCGAAGUGAAAUACUCCAUUAAUGAUGAGGCCGCGGUGGUCAGCUAGCUCUACGUGAGCUUCAAAAGCAUUUCCGACUCCAAAUAGAACGCACGGUUUUCAAAUCCCCACGGUGUGUUGGGAAGCAAGUGACUAGAGGCAGGCACAGUCAAUCAGGUAACCAACGGCGAGUCAAGGGCAGUUCUGAUGACGGGCCAUUUACUCCCUCGAUAUCACGGUCAAGAUGUAUCAAGUGAUCUUUCGGGGACAUUAAAGCACUCACUAUAAUGGAGCCAGAAAUAGGUAGGAUAAUUGUGAGCGGACCGUAGGGUAUUUGCGCAAAUACGCGCCAAAUCCUGGGGGGUAAACCCCCGCUAAUGGAUAAAGGUAGGCGGUUGGUGCUAUAGGCUGGUGCUGGGCAUCACAGGGAGCUAAAUCACGGUUGUAAAACCUCUGUCAGACAACAUAGUAAUGAGAGACAUUGUGACAAGGUGUGGUCAACAUGUCGGUGGAGUCCAGAAAAUAGAUUCGUUUGGUACCUUAUGUGAAUAAUUUUCCAAAUCUAAUCUAACAAAAUCCAUGUUAACACCUGCAAAUUGUUUGACAAAAUAUUGUGUAGCAGGCAUAUAGAAUUCAUUUACUGCCUGUUAUUAUUGUUAUAUUUCAAAAAUAUAUUGUAAACGAUCAAACUUUCAUCAUCAACAUUGGAGAAGCUGUUUAGUGCUUUUAUGAAUUUUUAUUUGAUUUAUUUAACCUUUAUUUAACUAGGCAAGUCAGGCCAGGCAGAGACAUGGUGAAAUAAUCCUUUACUAAAUAGAAGCUGUGUGUUCACAGAGACAGUUCGAGUUUGAUGUAGCUUAACAAGACAGGCCGACAGGCCAACUUUAGAGUGACCAGACAGAUCUUUGGUCAAACUUAACUUUGUACAUAUAAAAAACGAUUUAUGAAAGUCUUCUCUAAUGUUCAUCUUCUAUGUUGUAAACUGAGAAAGACAACAAUGAUUUUGCAGUGCAUGCGAUUAUAAAAUAAACUACCACAUUUGUGUGUGUCAAUAGCUAGGUUGUUUUCAUCCAACAGAUUUUCAUGUGAAUUAAUAUUAAAGAAUUUUAAAAUCCGCAUAAUAACAAUAUGCGCAUUUUCGCACUAAACAUGUGUUUCCAUCAAAUUGAUUUGUUGCACGAUAAAAAAUACAUUGUACCGAUAAAUUGCCAUGUACCGAAUAAAAAAAUACAAGUUAAAUGGGUUUCCAUCGCAUUUUCAACUCUACAGAUGGUUUACUCACACAAAAAAAGCGCUUUGUUUAGCAUGUGUGCCCACUCUGGUAUUGGCGCGUGCGCUCUAGCCAUAUAGUAGAUUCUGUACAGUACUAUAUCUGAGCGCUGUUGACGAGAGCGCACGUAUAGCCUACAUGAUGAGAUUAUUAUGGAUAAAAGAGCGAGAUUAUAAUUUUUUGUCAAAUGGCAGCCAAACAUCGAUCAUAUGUCACCAGAAUAAGACCCUCAACAUGUAUUGGAAAAGAGCAAUAAGCUCAUCACAGUGCACUUUCACCAUUCUGUGAAGUUCAUCAUAAUUUAUUUAAUCUGCAGUUUAAUAAACUGCAUGCUUCCCGGUGUCGUAGUGGAAGGAACACACAAGUGUACUUAGUUAGAUAUGAUGGUUAUUGCAGUAUAUCAAUAUUUGCGCAUAAAGGCGUUUCCACCGCAAUUUCUCGCAUAAUAAAUUGUACAAAACGAUCCCAUUUUGUCUAGAGUAUUUUGAAAAGUUUACCGACAAAUUGUUGUUUUCAUCAUCUGUCACGACAUUUUUUAUUCAACAUGUCCUCUAGUAGCAUAAAAAGGUUGGAUGGAAACCUGGUUACUGACAGCAAUGGAGCUGGCAUGAAUAAGAACAUACCUGGGACCAAGCUAGGUUUAGGAGCCUGGCAGACCGGUAUGUAUCUUUAUAAGAGCUGCUUGCCAUAGUUUCUCCCUGCCGGUUUCAAGAAGUGGUCUGAUUUCGGUUCACUGCGGUUCCCUUUUUCAGGGAAAUGUUUUAUUUAUUUUACCAUGAUUUAACUAGGCAGGUCACUUAUUCUUUGAGUUGUAAUUGCAGUUGUAAAUGUUUCCACUAGGGAUUGAUAGAUUUACAGUUAGUGUUACUUUAUAGCCUUUUAUCUAUUUCACACAGCAUUUUAUGUCAUAACUAGAUAGCUAGCUACGUUUUUAAGAGAGAGCUUUUCAAUUCGCAUCUCUCCCACUGUUUUCAGUCACAGGAGGGGACUGGAUUAAGUGUGAGCAGUGCAGGAGGUUGGCUACAAUUUUACAGGGGGUAGCUUUAUUUGUGACCCAUGUUCAAAUUAGAAUUGUGCAAUAGCAGAGCAUAAGAGCCAGAUCAAUGUUACACUGAGUUAAGUUGUUACAAAAUGUUAUAUUCCAGUGUUAUUUAAUGUUAUU